GAGGUCGCUUCUUAUGCCAACGCGAAACUACCUCACGCGCUGAUCCUCAGCGGACGCUGGAGCGGCAACGAGAAGGCCCUCACAAUCGGGCUGACAUCGCUCAGAUGGUUGGCUGUCAAGCAGCUCUCGCCCGAGGGCCGCUUCCGGCCCAUCGGUUGCAAUGGGUUCUGUCGGCGCGGCGAGCCAAUCGCCGCCUACGACCAGCAGCCGAUCGAAGCCAACGCGAUGAUCUCGGCUUCGAUCGAGGCCCAUAACGCCGGAGGGGACCCCUUCUGGCUCAACCAAGCCCACCUCGCGUUCGACUGGUUCCUCUGCCGUAACGAUCUCGGUCAGCCGCUCUACGACUCGGGCACCGGCGGCUGCCACGACGGUCUACAAGAGGGCCGCGUCAACGAGAACCAAGGCGCCGAAUCGACGCUAGCGUUCCUCCUGUCGCUCGCCGAGAUGGAGCAGCUGGAAAGCUCGCUGCUAAUUGCCGCCCCCACGAAAUCACCCCCCGCGGCUUCCGCUCCGGAAAAUCACCAAGCCCUACGACUUGAGCGGAAGCUACGUAUCAUUGCGCGAAUUGCCACGUUGUCGGAGGAAGAGGUCGAUAAGCAACUCUCUCACAUCGUCGAGGAGUUCCACGGCCGGCAUCAGCGGCCACGCGACUUCUUGCUCCGUCGAUUUGACAGGGUCCGCGAGCACCUGAUCACCGACGCGCCGCUGAGCGAGAACCGGCAACUCUUGAUUGGGGCUUACUUCACGCAAGAGUACGCCGUUGAAUCGGCAGCGCUCUUCAACCCGUCGAUUGUCUGGCAUCCCGAUCAGGCGGGGUUAUCGGUAGGCUCGAAGCGUUUUGUCGUGAGCCUCCGCGCCACCGGCGAAGGCCACCUCUCGUCGAUCACCUUCCGGACCGGCGUCAUCGACGCCCAAUGCCGGAUCGAGAUGGACGAGCCCACCCGCUUCGCCACGCCGCCCGACGUUCUGCCCGACCCGGGAUACCAGAAGACGCUCUUCCAUCGGAAGCUGACCGAGCUCGGGUUAGCCGGCGUCUUCACCAAUCACGUGAUGGACCGCCUCGACGAAGAGUUCUCCCUUGAGCAACUCGACGCCGCGCUACUGCUCACCGUCCGCGAGAACCGCUCCCGUCAUCAAGAGCAUCUAACGGUCUACGACGGGAUCGUGGCGCUCGCGAAAUCAAAUUACGAGAUCAUCUACCCUACCGACACCAAGCUGUCAGAGCGGCUCAUCCUCCCUUACAGCCCAACCGAGUCGGCGGGGAUCGAAGACGCCCGCUUCGUUUGUUUCGAAGAACCGGACGGAGACAUCCGGUACUACGCAACCUACAGCGCGUACGACGGCAAAGUCGUGCUGCCUCAGAUGCUUGAGACCGCUGACUUCCUGCGGUUCAGAAUGCACACCCUCAACGGGCCAGGCGUUGCGAACAAGGGCUUUGCUCUCUUUCCGCGCCGGGUCAACGACCGCUACGUGAUGAUCUCACGGCAAGACGGCGAGAACCUCUUCUUGAUGGAGUCCGACAACCUCUACUUUUGGCACUCGAAGCGGAUCAUUGUCAGGCCGACUUUCCCUUGGGAGUAUGUGCAGAUCGGCAACUGUGGGUCCCCGAUCGAGACAGACGCCGGCUGGCUGGUGCUCACCCACGGCGUCGGCGCGAUGCGCAAGUACAGCAUCGGCGCCUUGCUGCUCGACCGCGACGAUCCCUCGCGCGUCAUCGGCCGACUGCGACAUCCGCUGGUCACUCCCGACGAGAACGAACGCGAAGGUUAUGUGCCGAACGUCGUCUACAGCUGCGGAGCGGCCGUCCACGAGGGCGUGCUGAUACUCCCUUACGCGAUGUCCGACUACGCCUCAACGUUCGCGACGAUCGGCAUGGACGAAGUCUUGGCUGCCAUGGAGCCGGCCUGA